CUAGCUAAGGCCGACAUGUGAAGAUCUGUGCGAAUCCAUGAAGGAGAAUGCGAAACGAAAGAUGUGAUAUGUUGGAUGAAUGACAAACAUUACUGAUGUGUCAGCAUCAUACCUAAUCAGGCUUGCUGUGGGCGCAGCCGUUGCUGAGUAGACAUGUAGCUUCAGGGCAGAAUUUCCCGAAGCGGAAAGUGCAGUUGGAUAGUAAUCGACAGUCAGAAGUUAAAACACAUUAUGAAGUCUAGGCCACUGACAAAGACGGACAGACGUAGUUGGACAAGCGUCGAAUGUGAAGGUUAUAUAAACAUGAGAAGGGUACUCCAGUCCCGAUGUUCUUGACGCUGUACACCUCAAAUAUUCAACGUUGGAAUUCUGGCAGAUUUAGGCUUCAGAAAAUUUUGGCAAGCGUAAAUUAUCGCCGUCCAAUUCAGAAGCAAUGGACUUGCUACGAGAAUCAGCCGUAGGCCAGAUAUUGAGAUAUGUCACCAAGAACAAAGUCCUACUCUAUCCCGAGGAGAAAGAAGGAUUUCAUUGGGCUCCACUGGAAGCUUUACUAGCACAAGAAGAAAAGCCAACAGAACCCGAAGAAAAGGCAGUAGAGUCUGAGUCUCCUGACCAGAACCAGCAACAAGACAACGAAAAAGGCUCUGAAGAUGACGACAACGACAAAGAUGAAGACAUCGAAGAUCCGACUCCAUUCCACAUGGCAUCCAUAAUCACUCAUCCUGACAAUGAAGUCACUCAUACUCGAACCCGCGGCUCAGAGAUACAUUCAGUGCUAAGCAGAACAUCGACCCGGCCCUACACUCGGGAGCGUUUCGAUGUCGAAGAAGGUCUUUCAGCAGAGAAGACGAAGUCCAUCGCCAUUGCACCUACCAAGACUGCAGACGGUACUAUUCUCGUCGAUUGGUAUACCACGGAUGACCCUGCAAACCCACAGAACUGGGCCGCAUCGAAGAAAGGAUUGGUACUUCUGCAGUUGUGCGCGUACUCGCUAAGCGUGUAUGGAGCAUCGAGUAUGUAUGUUCCUGGGGAACAGGGCGUGAUGGAAAAGUUCCAUGUUGGAGCAACGCCCGCUGCUCUUGGCCUUGCAAUCUAUGUGGUAGGCUACGGAGUUGGUCCAUUGAUCUGGGCGCCGCUGAGUGAAAUCGCGUCGAUUGGGAGAAAUUGGGUCUACAUUCCGACGUUCUUUCUCUUCGUCAUCCUAUCAAUCCCGACUGCCGUCGUUGACAAUUAUGCUGGUUUGCUGGUAUUGAGGUUCUUGACUGGCUUCUUUGGAAGUCCAUGUCUUGCAAAUGGGGGCGCCAGCGUUGGAGACAUGUACUCCCUCCUCUUGCUCCCUGUCUACCUUUCAGCAUGGACAGCGGCCUGUUUCUGGGGUCCAGCUAUUGGUCCGCUCAUAGCUGGGUUUGCUGUCCAAGCCAAAGGUUGGCGCUGGGGUCUUUGGGAGAUCGUCUGGCUGACAGGCCCUAUCCUCGUCGUCUUUCUCUUCGCAUACCCAGAAACGUCCGCAGACAACAUCCUCCGACGAAGAGCACAGCGACUUCGGUUGCUCACCGGAAAAACAAACAUCAAAUCGAAGAGUGAAAUCGACCAAGCACAUCUGAGUGUUUCUGAAAUCCUUCUGGAUGCGCUUAUCAAACCCACUGAGAUCAUGAUUAAGGAUCCCGCUGUGGCUUUCACAAACAUUUAUACAUCACUCACCUAUGGGAUUUAUUACUCCUUCUUCGAAGUGUUCCCGCUAGUAUAUCCGCCUAUAUAUCACUUCAAUCUUGGCGAAACCGGGCUCUGCUUCCUGACCAUUGGCAUCGCAUGUGUGAUUGGCGUCUCAAGCUUCAACAUCUAUCAGUUCAAGUAUCUGAUCCCAGAUAUCAAGAAGAAUGGCCUGCGUGCGCCCGAACAUCGUCUUGUACCCGCUCUUUUUGGUGUCAUCCUGUUACCGAUGGGGUACUUCAUGUUCGGCUGGACUGCUCGACACGGCGUGCAUUGGAUUGUCAGCCUGAUUGGAGUUGCGAUCUUGGUGGUUGCCAACUUCUUCAUCUUUCAAUGUGUAUUCGUCUAUCUGCCAUUGUCGUACCCCAAGUAUGCAGCUUCGUUGUUUGCUGCCAAUGAUCUGUCGCGGUCUCUCUUUGCAGCGGCUUGUGUCCUGUUCUCGAGACCAAUGUUCAUCAACUUGGGUGUUGGUGGAGGAGUCAGUCUGUUGGCAGGCAUGUCGUGUCUUGGAGUUUUUGGUAUGUUCUACCUCUGGAGGUAUGGUGCGUGGUUGAGGUCGAAGAGUACAUUUGCUGUCUCAUAAGUUCGAAUAUGUGCGGGAGAUGGGAC